UCAAACCCUACCAUCUUCACUCUCCUAUAAAUUCGAUUUUGAUCAACAACAAAUCUUAUAAUUACCCGACCAAAUAAAUCACAUUUCAACAUGCUCGCUGGUAAAUCGGUUACUCAUGAUCAUCACCACCAAGGCUUAAUUCUAAAGCACGAAGAAAUCACCAAGAACACUUCUACUACUUGUACUGAUGUAACUGAUCACUUGUCUAUUUUCAUCAAAGAAUCGAAAUGCAUAGCCAAUAUAUCUCUUCCCAUGAUCCUAACAAGCCUCUUACUCUACGCUCGCUCCAUGAUCUCCAUGCUCUUCCUAGGCCGUCUCGGCGAGCUCUCGCUAGCCGGUGGCGCGCUAGCCAUCGGCUUCGCCAACAUCACCGGGUACUCGAUUCUUUCGGGCUUAGCCAUGGGGAUGGAGCCUAUCUGUGGCCAGGCUUUCGGGGCUCGGAGGUUCAAGCUCCUUGGCCUAACCAUGCAGAGAACAGUUGUUCUGCUUUUGGUGACCUCGGUUCCUCUGGCUUGUGUCUGGUGCAACAUGAACAAAAUCUUGCUGUUUUGUGGCCAAGAUGGUGAAAUUUCAGCUCAAGCUCAAGUAUACAUUCUUUACUCACUCCCGGAUUUGUUUACACAAUCGGUUCUUCAUCCGUUACGUAUUUAUCUACGAUCUCAAUCCAUAACAAUGCCGUUAACUUAUUGUGCGGCCUUGGCAAUUCUGUUGCAUAUUCCGAUUAAUGUCUUUCUUGUGUCGAUGCUAGGCCUUGGCAUUAGAGGGGUGGCCUUGGCUGGGGUUUGGACUAAUUUGAAUCUCCUCGGAUCUUUGGUAGUCUACGUACUCGUGUCCAAAAAUAAUGAGAAAACUUGGGGGGGAAUUUCGAUGGAAUGCCUUAAGGAUUGGAGGCCUCUGUUGAAUUUAGCAGUUCCUAGCUGCGUUUCAAUGUGUCUUGAGUGGUGGUGGUAUGAGAUCAUGGUUUUACUAUGUGGCUUGUUGAUGAGUCCACGAGCCACUGUGGCUUCGAUGGGGAUAUUGAUUCAAACAACGUCGUUGAUCUACAUUUUCCCAGCUUCGCUGAGCUUUGGCGUGUCCACGAGAGUAGGGAAUGAGCUUGGUGCCAGCCAGCCCGAAAAGGCCAAACUUGCGGCUAUAAUAGGCCUUUCUUGGAGCUUCGUAUUAGGCCUUUGUGCACUCGUCUUUGCUGUUUCAGUAAGAAGGAUUUGGGCUUCCAUGUUCACAGAAGAUGCGGAGAUUAUUGCUCUGACAUCAUUGGUUUUGCCUAUUAUAGGAUUAUGUGAACUCGGAAACUGUCCACAAACAACUGGCUUCGGGGUUCUGAGAGGAACAGCUCGUCCCAAGUUAGGCGCAAGCAUCAACUUGGGAUGCUUUUAUCUUGUGGGAAUGCCUGCUGCAAUUUGGCUAGCCUUCUUUAUAGGACUAGACUUCAUGGGGUUAUGGCUUGGCCUUUUGGCUGCCCAAGGCUCGUGUGCUGCGACCAUGUUGCUCAUCUUGAGUCGAACCGACUGGGACCAUCAAGCGCAGAGAUCCAGGGAGCUCACCGGAACUACUACUGAGCACAUCAAAGAAGAGGUUAAAAAUGUGGAUGAUGAAACAAAUGCUUUUGUGAAAGAUCAAGCUGAGAAGUUAAAUCUUGUUUGAUUUAUUGUUUCCAUUUAAUUAAUUAAUGUAUAGAAGACUGGAUUCAGUCUAGAACAAAGUUGUGUUAUGCUUCUUUGUAACUAUUCCAGAUUGCAACAUUACUUUUUUUAUGUUGCUAGCUAAAUAAAUUUAUCACAUUGUACAAA